AUGGCGUCGACGGCUCUCUCGUCCGUCAACCUAGGGUUUCGAUCAGUUCCCGCCUACAAACGCCAUGUCUCUUCCACACAGUCUCCGUCGUUAAAACUCCAUAGAUCCACUGGUCAACAGCACCUGCUGUCAUCUUCUUCGUACACAUCAACAUUUACUUCUCGCUUACCAGUUCUUAAUCUCAGGUCACCAACUAGACACCUGAAUUUUUCAGUAAAAGCCUCCGCCGCUGUAGUUCCAGCAAAACCAGAACCUACACCGGCGCCGGUUCCAUGGCAAGGAGCCAGUAUGAAGCCUCUAGUUGCUUCAAUCGCGACUGGAAUUAUUCUAUGGUUUGUUCCGGUACCUUCUGGAGUUUCGAAAAUCGCUUGGCAAUUGCUAUCGAUAUUUCUCGCAACAAUCGUCGGAAUUAUUACACAGCCUCUGCCGCUCGGUGCUGUUGCUUUAAUGGGUCUGGGAGCGUGUGUUCUUACUAAAACUUUGACAUUCGCUGCUGCUUUUUCCGCUUUCGGUGAUCCGAUACCUUGGCUGAUUGCUCUUGCGUUCUUCUUCGCUAGAGGAUUUAUUAAAACAGGACUCGGAAACAGGAUUGCUUACCAGUUUGUAUCGUUAUUUGGUAGCUCUUCGUUAGGGUUGGGGUAUAGUUUAGUGUUCAGCGAAGCUUUGUUAGCGCCUGCAAUCCCUUCGGUCUCCGCUAGAGCCGGAGGAAUUUUCUUACCGUUGGUCAAGUCCUUAUGUGUUGCUUGUGGGAGUAAUGUGGGUGAUGGAACGGAGCAUAAAUUGGGGUCCUGGUUGAUGUUAACGUGCUUUCAGACAUCGGUUAUUAGCUCGUCAAUGUUCUUGACUGCUAUGGCUGCGAAUCCAUUGAGUGCUAAUUUGACACAUAAUACCAUUAAUCAGACGAUUGGGUGGACCCUUUGGGCUAAGGCUGCAAUUGUGCCUGGAAUUGUUUCGUUGAUUGUAGUACCGUUCCUCUUGUAUUUGAUUUAUCCACCAUCAGUAAAGAGUAGCCCGGACGCACCCAAACUUGCGAAAGAGAGGUUGGAGAAAAUGGGACCUAUGACAAAGAAUGAAAUCAUCAUGGCGGGAACCUUGCUUCUUACGGUUGGCCUAUGGAUAUUUGGAGGGGUAAUAAAUGUUGAUGCGGUUACAGCUGCUAUACUUGGACUAUCUGUCCUCCUUAUUACUGGAGUUGUGACAUGGAAGGAAUGCUUAGCAGAAUCUGUUGCAUGGGAUACCCUUACAUGGUUUGCUGCUCUCAUUGCAAUGGCUGGGUACCUUAACAAAUAUGGUCUCAUCAACUGGUUCAGUCAGACAGUUGUUAAGUUUGUUGGUGGGCUAGGUCUUCAAUGGCAGGCAUCUUUUGGCAUUCUUGUUCUUCUCUACUUCUAUUCUCACUACUUUUUCGCUAGCGGAGCUGCUCAUAUUGGUGCCAUGUUUACGGCCUUCUUGUCUGUCGCCAGUGCCCUUGGCACCCCGCCAUUAUUCGGAGCCAUGGUGCUAUCAUUCCUCUCCAACCUCAUGGGUGGUCUAACCCACUACGGAAUCGGGUCAGCUCCUGUGUUCUAUGGAGCGAACUACGUUCCUUUAGCCAAGUGGUGGGGCUAUGGCUUCCUCAUCUCUGUGGUCAACAUCAUCAUCUGGCUUGGAGUCGGAGGAGUUUGGUGGAAGUUCAUCGGCUUGUGGUAAGGUAACCUUAGGACAACUUGUCGAUCUCAAAUUUUCGUAAUCAGUUUUGAUUCUUUAACUUGGAAAUUGGCUUUGUUUGAGAGAUUACUGGUUAUGCAACAAACUCCUUAUGAUGCAUUCAACCUCACCAUCUGUGUUCUGUUUUGUUCCUAAGGAUGUAGACAUUUAUCAAAAGUGUACCAAAGUCAGU